AUGGAUUUCGCAUACGAUCAUAUCACGGAGGAGAAUCUCCCACGACACCAAACCACGCCUGCCAACGACGAUGACGACCGUGCCCAAACACCAACUCAAUCCUCAACUGCCCAUCGCCGCCAACAAUCUCUCUCUUCUGAGUUCGACGAGGCCUACAAGACCAUCCAAAGUACCGCCUGGGGCGCUCGCUUCGGUGCUAUCUUCGAAACCGUCAAGAAGCAAGGAGAGGUUUACUACGAUGCUACAAAGACCGAGUACGCUUCUCGAAGCGAACAAGCUCAAAAGGGGUGGACAGGUUUACGUGAAGCUGUAGUUACUAGGUCCAGAGCUUUGAGUACGAGUAACAACGCACCCGAUGCUAUUCCGGAAGCUAGUAAUGAGGGGGAGGAGGAAGUCGGGGAGUCAUCUGCCGCCGGCGCCAAGGCUGGGGAAACGUCGCAAAGUACGGCGAAUCUAAUUUCGAGGUUGAGGGCCGAAGCUAUCAAGGGUAUUACGGAAGUGCAAAAGGCGGAAGAUGCCGCUGACGCUUAUUUGGCGAAGAUGGGGACGAAUCUUGGGAAUUUCCUUAGGGAUGCUGUGACGAUCGCGCCACCGACGGAGGAAGAGAAGGCGGCUGCUGAGAAGGCUGAGAAGGACGUUUUGUUUGAGACGAAGGGGUCGGAGGAUAGUAAGAGGCCAAUACACACUACCCGUCUGGAUGCUCAACUACAUUUACUUCAUACGAAUCUCGAUAAUUUCAAGUCGGACCCUAGGUCACCGAAAUAUGCGGCUGAGUGGGUCGCUAGCUUUUCGGCAGAAAAGAAGACAGAACAAAUUGCUAAGGACCUUGAGACGUACCCUGAAUUGAGAAACUCUAUGGAGAAGUUAGUACCAGGAGAGGUUUCUUAUGAGGAAUUCUGGAAGAGGUAUUACUUUUUGAGGGGAGAAUUGGAUGCUGAGGAGCAGAAGAGGAAGGAAUUGUUGAAAGUUGCUGCGAAGGAGGAGGAAGAAGUUGGUUGGGAAGAGGACAGCGAUGAGGAAGAUGACGAUGAUGAGGAAGAUGACGAUGAAGAGGACGAUGAUGAGGAUGACGAUGAGGAGGAUGAAAGUGAUGAAGAAGAAGCUAAACCGGCUGCAACAGCUGCCGCCGGAAAAGCAAUCCCAAAGCCUACCCAAAAACCCUCAUCGGAUACCCUACGUGCAAAAUCGAAGCCAGCCGAUUUAAUGUCGCAGCCGGAUAGCGAAGCUAGCUACGAUGUUGUUUCUGGUGCACCAUCCAAUGCCUCUGGGUCGCCUCCCAAGAGACAGGGCAAGCAGGAAGAAAGCGACGAGGAAGAUUGGGAGUAA